GUUCAACAACAGCGCGAAGGAGAAGCGGAGUGUUCCUGUUCGCUCGCUGCUAGAGGACGUUGGUGUCACAGAGGAGAGCGGCUCGUCGACUCUUUUUAUUUUCGCCCAGCCACACGCAAAGAAGACCCCAAAGCAAGAUGUUCUCCCGCGCAGUGAGACCCACCGUGAGCCUGGCUCGGAGCCUGUCCACCUCCUCGCAGAACCACGCCAGGGUGGCGGUGCUGGGCGCUUCUGGCGGCAUAGGCCAGCCGCUGUCCCUGCUGCUGAAGAACAGCCCCCUGGUGAGCCAGCUCUCCCUCUACGACAUCGCCCACACGCCCGGGGUGGCCGCCGACCUCAGCCACAUCGAGACCCGGGCCCAGGUGAGCGGCUACAUCGGCCCCGACCAGCUGGACGCGGCGCUGCAGGGCUGCGAGGUGGUGGUGAUCCCGGCCGGCGUGCCGAGGAAGCCCGGCAUGACCCGGGACGACCUGUUCAACACCAACGCCACCAUCGUGGCCAACCUGGCCGACGCGUGCGCGCGCAACUGCCCCGAGGCCAUCGUCUGCAUCAUCGCCAACCCGGUGAACUCCACGAUCCCCAUCACGUCGGAGGUGAUGAAGAAGCGCGGCGUGUACAACCCCAACAGGGUGUUCGGGGUCACCACCCUGGACAUCGUCAGGGCCAACACCUUCGUGGCGGAGCUCAAGGGCCUGGACCCGGCGCGGGUCAACGUGCCCGUGAUCGGCGGCCACGCCGGCAAGACCAUCAUCCCCCUGAUCUCCCAAUGCACUCCGAAGGUCGACUUCCCCUCCGACCAGCUGACCGCCCUGACCGAGCGCAUCCAGGAGGCCGGCACGGAGGUGGUGAAGGCCAAGGCCGGAGCGGGCUCCGCCACCCUGUCCAUGGCCUACGCGGGCGCCCGCUUCACCUUCUCCGUCCUGGACGCCAUGAACGGGAAGGAGGGCGUGGUGGAGUGCGCCUUCGUCCGGUCCGAGGAGACGGAGUGCAAGUACUUCUCCACGCCCCUGCUGCUGGGCAAGAACGGCAUCGAGAAGAACCUGGGGCUGGGCAAGCUGUCUGCGUUUGAGGAGAAGCUGGUGGCCGACGCCAUCGGCGAGCUGAAGGCCUCCAUCAAGAAGGGCGAGGACUUUGUGGCCAACAUGAAGUGAUCAGGAGUUUGAGCCAAAGGAACCAGCCGUCAUGGAUCAUUUGUUCUGUCUUAAAAGGCAUCAGACUGGCUGAAGAUCUGUCAGUGUUUCCUCUCUUUUUCUGCUGGCAGUAGGGUCAUCCUGUUAUGUGUUUGUUUUGCUCCCCUUCACCAACCAUGGCUUUGCUCUCUGUGUAUAAUCGAUACCCAUUCUCUACUGUACUGUUUUUUUUGUUGUUUUUUUUUUUGUGUGUGUGCAAAUCUAGAUGAAUUCUGUAUUUGCUUCGACUUCCUGCUGUGAACAAGGAGGGAACGCUGUCAUGCCUGCUGAUGCACCAACGGUUGUUACUGAAGAGCCAAAAUAUUCACUCCACCAAUAAAACAGAGGAGCUUUACAAA